AUGGCAAGCUACCGCUUCCUCGUCCAGAAGCUUUUCAGAUUCUUUGCGGGCUGCAAGUUCCUCCAUGUCCUGCGCACGGAAAAUGAGGCGGCCGACACGCUCGCCAAGAUCGCCUCGUCUCGGCAGUCCAUCCCGCCCGGUGUCUCCCUCGAGCACCUACACAAGCCAUCCGUUAGGCCGUCUCCGGACUUCGAGUCCAUCUACGUUCCGGACAACCCGGCUGAACCUCAACCCGGCCCGGGGGCUGAAGCCGUCGACCCGGCCGCUGCCAUCCUCAACCCAGCCGCCGCCAUCCCCAUAGCGGGGGCUGCUCACCCCGGCUCGGGGGUUGCCGCUCCGGAACCCGCCCUGGUGGCAGUCUUCGCCAUGGUAAGUGCCCCAUCUUGGGCCCUGCCCAUCUCGGAGUUCCUGGAAAACGGGGUCCACCCCAUGGAUGAGACAGAAGUCCGACAAGUGCAGCACCGGCCAUCCGUCUAUAGCAUCAUCAAGAACGAGCUCGUCAAACGCAGCUCCAUCGGCGUGUUCCAACGCUGCGUUGAGCAGGACCAAGGCAUUGAGAUCCUCCUCGACAUACACCAGGACGCUGAGUCGCUCAUUCUCAAGUGCGAGGGAUGCCAACGCUUCAGCAAGCGCAGCCACCAGCUGGCGUCAGCGCUCUAG